AUGUUGGUUCUUUUCACGACUACUGUGGGUCGAAGAGAUGGUUUUUCUUUGACAACAAAGCAUUCAUGUGAAACUUAUUCUAGAUUUGCAAAACUGGUUGUAGAUAUGGAGAACUAUGUGGAGAACCCAAAAGGAGAGCUUAUGGGGGAUAGGAAGAGCCAGAUGCUUACCCCUAAUGCUCAUGAUCUUGAAGCUCGCUUUUUGAAUAAAAAAACUUAA